AUUGUGAAAUUAAUGAGGCGAGGCUUGAAAUAAGGGAGAGGCAAAGGGGAAGCUAAAAAUAGGGAAAAAUGUUUCAUUACCAUUCAAUUAAUUAUCAAACUCGUCCGCUUUCUUCCACAGUUCAACCAGAAUAUUUGACGUCAAUUUCCGAUCACCGAUAUUCGUGCUGCCUGUAAUUACUUUUUUAGAAACAAUCGGAAAUGGAAAAUUUCUUGUUGCGUUGCCAUUGAACGCGAGAAUGCGUUUCUGAAGAGAAAUCGUACGGAGUUAAAAAGAGGAACGAAGCGGUACAUUGAUGGCGACUUCUUCGACCUCGAAGAAGACGCUUACGAACUCUUCCUCUUCCUCCGGCCGACCGCCUCAGGCGGUGAAAUUUUCUCGCCGAACCUCGACUGGCAGAGUCGUAAGUUUGUCUCGCGACGACGAUUUGGACAUGUCCGGCGACUACAACGCCCAAUCCGAUUACAUAAACUACACCGUUAUGAUGCCUCCGACGCCUGAUAACCAGCCCGGCGGAGGAACCUCCUCCGAUUCUAAAUCGGACGGUAACGCGACGACUCGAUUCGGAUCGGAGGCUCGAGGAUUGAUCCGGCGAGCAGGAGAUACAGAGGCCAACGGCGGAGGCGGCGGAGAUGGAGAUGCGGCGAAGAUGGAUCGGAGAAUGUCGGUGAUGCAAUCGUCGAACAAUAAAUCGAUGCUGUUGCGGAGCCAGACUUCGGAUUUCGAUCACAAUCGGUGGUUGUUCGAAUCGAAAGGAAAGUACGGCAUCGGAAACGCGUACUGGCAGGAUGAAGAUCAAGAACAGGGAUACGGUACGGAGGGGAUGAGUAUGUCAGAUUUCAUGGACAAGCCAUGGAGGCCGCUCACGCGUAAAGUUAAAGUUCCACCUGGAGUUCUCAGUCCCUACAGGUACCAACAGCAUUUCUGUGAUCUGCGUCAAUUCUUAUUGGCUUUCUUCCUUGGUUGGCGAGUCCGAAAUCCAAAUCAAGAUGCAUUGUGGCUAUGGGGAAUGUCUAUUGUUUGUGAGAUAUGGUUUGCUUUCUCAUGGCUGUUGGAUAUACUUCCGAAGCUCAACCCUAUAAACCGAGCCACGGAUCUCGCCGCGCUUCGGGAAAAGUUCGAUCAAGCCUCUCCGAACAACCCGACCGGCCGAUCCGACCUCCCCGGAGUUGAUGUCUUUGUAUCCACGGCCGACCCGGAGAAGGAACCGCCCCUCGUCACGGCCAACACCAUUCUCUCCAUCCUUGCCGUAGAUUACCCUGUCGAAAAGCUCUCAUGCUACAUUUCAGAUGAUGGUGGCGCCAUACUCUCGUUUGAAGCCAUGGCAGAGGCUGUUAAGUUUGCAGAGGUAUGGGUACCGUUUUGUCGGAAACACAACAUCGAACCGAGAAAUCCAGACAGCUACUUCAGCAUAAAAAGGGAUCCGACGAAGAACAAGAAACGGCCGGAUUUUGUGAAGGACCGCCGGUGGAUAAAGAGGGAGUACGACGAAUUUAAGGUGAGGAUCAAUGGCCUUCCGGAGGCCAUUAGGAAGAGGAGUGAGAACUACAACGCCAGGGAGGAGGCCAAGGAGAAGAAGCUGGCUCGAGACAAGAAUGGCGGCGACACACCGGCUGAACCGGUCAAGGUCACCAUGGCCACGUGGAUGGCUGACGGCACCCACUGGCCUGGAACUUGGCUCCAACCAACCGCUGACCACUCCAAGGGUGACCACGCUGGCAUUUUACAGGUAAUGACAAAGGUACCAGAAAACGAUGUAAUUACGGGGAAACCAGACGAGAACAGGUUGGAUUUCACAGGGGUUGACAUUAGAAUUCCGAUGUUCGCAUACGUGUCACGUGAGAAACGACCUGGUUAUGACCACAACAAGAAGGCAGGAGCCAUGAACGCCAUGGUUCGAGCUUCGGCAGUUCUCUCAAAUGGCCCGUUUAUUCUCAAUUUGGACUGUGACCAUUAUUUCUACAACUGCCAAGCAAUAAGAGAGGGAAUGUGCUUCAUGAUGGAUCGUGGUGGAGACAGAAUUUGCUAUAUUCAGUUCCCUCAGAGAUUUGAAGGAAUCGACCCUUCUGAUCGUUAUGCCAACCAUAACACUGUCUUCUUUGAUGGGAACAUGAGGGCAUUGGAUGGUCUUCAAGGGCCAGUUUAUGUGGGAACAGGGUGCAUGUUUAGGCGAUAUGCACUGUAUGGGUUCAGCCCACCAAGAGCAAACGAAUACACAGGCAUGUUUGGGCAAGUCAAAUCCGUAGCCAGAACCAAUUACCAUCCCCAGUCUGAGGAAGAUGAUUCUGAUUCUCAGCCUUUGACAUCCCACCCUGACUUGGACCUCCCCAAGAAGUUUGGAAGCUCCGCCAUUUUUGCCGACUCCAUCUCUGUCGCUGAGUUUCAAGGUCGCCCCCUCGCAGACCACAUCUCCGUCAAGAACGGUCGACCUCCCGGUGCCCUCUUGGCGGCACGCCCACCACUUGAUGCACAAACUGUUGCUGAGGCUGUCGUCGUCAUCUCAUGUUGGUACGAGGACAAGACGGAAUGGGGUGACAGAAUCGGGUGGAUUUACGGGUCAGUGACAGAGGAUGUGGUGACCGGUUACCGGAUGCACAACCGUGGGUGGCGGUCGGUUUACUGCAUCACAAAGCGCGACGCUUUCCGUGGCACAGCACCAAUCAACCUGACGGAUCGGCUCCACCAGGUGCUCCGGUGGGCCACCGGGUCAGUGGAAAUCUUCUUCUCAAAAAACAAUGCAUUUCUAGGAAGCAAACGCCUGAAAUUCCUACAACGUGUGGCGUAUCUGAACGUAGGAAUUUACCCCUUCACUUCCAUUUUCUUGGUGGUAUACUGUUUCCUCCCAGCCCUCUGCCUCUUCACAGGACACUUCAUUGUAAAAAGCUUAAACAUUGCUUUUCUCGUCUACCUUCUCAUCAUCACCAUUUGCCUCUGCCUUCUCUCCCUUCUUGAGGUCAAAUGGUCAGGCAUUGCCUUGGAAGAAUGGUGGAGAAAUGAGCAAUUUUGGGUCAUUGGUGGAACCAGUGCCCAUCUUGCUGCAGUCAUUCAGGGCCUUCUCAAAGUCAUUGCCGGGAUCGAAAUCUCCUUCACUCUCACCUCCAAGUCUGCUGGAGAAGAUGAGGACGACAUCUACGCCGAUCUUUACUUGGUCAAGUGGACGAGUCUCUUCAUAAUGCCGCUGACGAUCAUGAUCGUUAACAUUAUUGCAGCUGUGAUCGGAUUCUCGAGGACUGUGUACAGUGUGAUUCCUCAAUGGAGCAAGCUUGGGGGAGGUUUGUUCUUUAGCUUUUGGGUGCUGGCUCAUAUGUACCCAUUUGCUAAGGGGUUGAUGGGCAGAAGAGGAAGGCUUCCAACUAUUGUUUAUGUAUGGUCAGGCCUGCUCUCAAUCACUGUGUCUUUGCUGUGGAUAUCCAUCAAUCCACCUGAUAGUACUCCUGAUGGAAAUAUUCAGGUAUGAUCUUCAUUUUUCUUGUAACCAAGGCGUCCAAAGCCCCACCUCUUACAUUAUACUCAUGGCCAACCCUUGUGUCUAGAACUCGACUUUUACAUUAUACUCCCCACCUCUUACAUUAUGCUCACGACCCACCCUGACACUCCGCCCUUUACAUCAUACUCGUGACCCACCCCACGAAGAAACUAGUAGCCUUUACUCCAGAAAACAACCAAGAUUUUUUUAUGUUAUUAAGUUUUCACAGUAGAAGUGUGUCAUUUGAUUUGUUUGUUUCUAUCUUUUUACUAUUAUCCAGUAAUUCUGCAAGAGAAAUGGUGAUUUAUGCUUGGGACUAUGAUGUAACAGUAUUAUGUAUAUUAGUAUCGGGUCUAGUUGGUUCUUUGUAGUGAUAGAUGAUUUUAUUUAUGAUGUAAAUUUUUUAAGGAUGUGUUCAGAUAUCCAUACAUGUGACAAUUACUACUCAAAUGUACUCAGAGUAAUAUUCUCAAGUAAUAUUAGUCCCUUCUCUUAUGGAUUU